AUGGAGGAUGAAGUCAAGGCGCAAGGAAAUGGGGAGGUUGAUGCAAUGCGUCUCAUUUCUUCGAAGAAGCGCUCGCUGCUGCCGAUCCUGCCGCAGUAUCCGAUGCCCGCGGGAGCUCUAGCUGUUGAUAAGGAAGACACUCGAGUAGUGUACUUGGCGCCGUUGAUGUCGACAUCGAACGAGAUUUUCUUCUCCAAGCACAAGAAACUAUUGAAAGGGGCCAGCAACGCGGUACCCAAUAAUGAAAAACAACAAGGAGAAGAUGAGUCUAAGAAGCUGGCGCUGGCGUCGCUGGAGCGGCAAUUAGCUAAGACUAAACCCCCUGUACAACAAUUGGGAUCUCUGAACCAACAGCCCUCGUCGAGCGCGUUUGACGUUCCGUCACCGGACGGGCUAAAUCGCAGUAACGUACUAAAUGUCACUACAACGGAGGCUGGUGCUGCGGUAACGGCGGAUGAUCAACUGAAGAAAAUGAAGCAGCGGCUUAAGCUGCUACCGAUUUCAGAUGAUGACCACGCUGCUUUUUGGGAGACAAUUCGGGGCUAUGAGCGCAUGCGAGCGUACUAUCACCGGACUGUAUUAGCUGGUGGUGCUUCGUCUCCGAUGGGUUUCAACAUGGCAGCAGCUUUUAAGAAAAUGCUACUCCAAGAGCGACACCAACAGUGGGUUAGCACACACGAAAAUCGACUCGAAAACAACAGAAUCAGGAAGGCACAAGAAGAUGAAAAUUAUGAGCGCAGGGUGAUUGAGGCUUCCUCCGAGUUUCGAGCCCAGACACGCCAGCAAAAACGUAUACGUGAGCAGUUACUGUACGAAGCGCAAAACAUGCAGCCCAUUGUAAUGCUGAGCGCAUUCACGCAAAAAAUGCUGAAUAUGCUUAGACUACACUGGAGCCAGCAUCGUCUAGAAAGCCACCUUUCGCGGACCAUCCGAAUCUGGAGGCAGCAUCGCGUAGUCAAGCACAAGAACGCGAGCGCAGCACAUCUUCUAAUUGAGUGGCUUCAGAAAAGCGUGGCUGUGAAAAGUGUCGGCUUUCGCGUUUUCAGAGGAUUGCGGAUCUUUAUACGUCGAGUAAAACUCGUUCAAGGGCUGUGGCGGAUGAAGCAAGGCACUCGAAAACUUAAGUUCCUGAUUAUUGAAAAAGCAUGGAUUGAACUAGAAACUCAAUACGUCGAUGCCGCAAUCGAAGAACACGAGGACAAACAGUUCGAGGCAAGGCUUGGAUCCAGAAAAAAGCGCGAUGUCUGGAUGAGUUUCGUUCCAGAAUCAUUUCGAACGCCAGUCAUUCUCGAGUUUCUGCACAAAGUUGAAAAAGAGUACCAAGAGAAAUUCCGCAGACAAGAGGUUGAUUUUUUUCCUCAGCUAGUUCAGACACUCCGAGGUGAACAUCCCAAUCGAGCUAGAACCUACAUCCGAGCCGUGGCGACUCAGCACGCGUUGUGCGGUAGAGUUGUUGAAACUUUACUGCGGUACCCCGGGGCAGUCGGCAACGAUGUUGUCGUCGUCGAGCCUUUUGACGUUCAUUUGGCACCAAUUAGUGAACUGAUAAAAGUAGGCCGUGUCCGGUAUAGUAACCGGCCAACUUCACGAUCGCCCGUUCGAGCUUAG